CGGAGUGAAGUUGAGUCACCGUAGGGGUGUGGUUACCCACAUCUCCCUCUUUUUCUCCUUCCUUCCUCCUCUUUCACGCUCUCUCUAUCAAGCUCAGGAGGGAGACAGGAGGAUCGGGGCUCCAGAUCACAACAGCAGGUUGUGAGCGGUUGUAAAGAUGGAAGCCGUACUCUCGGAAUGGGUGCAGAAAUACCAUGACUUCAUGAAAGGAGCAGACGCCAGGAUAGGUCACUAUCCCUUGAUGCACUCGCCGUUUCUGCCUGCGGCCAUCCUCCUGGGUUAUGUCUACUUUGUGCUGUCCCUCGGGCCCCGGAUUAUGGCGAAUCGGAAGGCUUUCGACCUGAAGCCGUUAAUGGUUGUGUAUAACUUUGGCCUUGUGGCUCUUUCGGCAUUUAUUGUUUACGAGUUCUUGAUGUCUGGGUGGCUAACUGGCUAUACUUGGCGCUGCGACCCUGUGGAUACAUCUGAUAGUCCGAUGGCCCUCAGGAUGGUGCGGGUAGCUUGGCUGUUCCUCUUCUCGAAAUUUAUCGAGCUACUGGAUACUGUAUUCUUUGUCUUGAGAAAGAAGAACGGUCAGAUCACAUUCUUGCAUAUUUUCCAUCACUCUGUACUGCCUUGCAGUUGGUGGUGGGGAGUAAAGUUUGGUCCAGGUGGUAUGGGGUCUUUUCACGCCAUGAUCAAUUCCCUGGUCCACGUCAUCAUGUACUUCUACUAUGGCCUUUCUGCUGCUGGUCCGCGGUUCCAGAAGUACCUGUGGUGGAAGAAACAUAUGACUGCCAUCCAGCUGAUCCAAUUCGUGCUGGUCUCCAUCCACAUAACCCAGUAUUAUUUUAUGCCCAGCUGUGACUAUCAGUUCCCCAUCUUCAUUCACCUCAUCUGGAUCUACGGCACGGUCUUCUUCAUCCUGUUUUCCAAUUUCUGGUAUCAGGCUUACACCAAAGGAAGACGCCUGCCCAAGAUGGGCGCAGCUGCCAACGGAGCCCUUCACCAGAACGGCAAAGCCAACAAUGGCAAAGCCAAACAAAAUUAAAUCCAAGGAAGACACAAACGCAGCGUACCAAAACUUGCGCACAAGUGUAGCAGGUGCAAGAAGCGGGAGAUGUCACUUUUUUUUCCCCCCCCAAACCUGCCAGAUUUGGUUUCCUACUGCGUCUGGGGCUUACACCAGCCAAAUGAAGUGCCUACAAGACUGUUUGAUCCAAGUGUCCAUCCCCCAUCCAGCCUAUGUUUCUCCUCCCGCUGUAUCUACCCGUUUAACUCCAUCCCACCACUCCUGAAUAUGUGAAGAAGCCACCUCGCUCCGAAACGUCAUCAUUGCAUUGUAUCUGUAUUCUGUCACAGUCCCGCAACAGCAACCAGGAAUCCAGAUUCCUGCCUCGUCACAUUCCAGUAUCUCCCCCCUCUUACAAGGAGUAAAGGCCGGGGGGCCGAUUCCUUGCCAACUCCAUAACCUUAUCUGUAUCUUUGUUUGCACUGGGAACUUUCUGGUCACUGGGAGAUCUGUACAAUGGUUUAUAGAAGGUGCAGGAAUUCUAAAAUACUUGAAUACAGGGUUUUGUGCCUUAUACCUUUUUUUUUUUUUAGGUCAUUAUGUUGCUAUUUUUGUCCAAAGGAGACAACAGUAUUUCGUGGGGGUGUUUUUGUGCGUAGGGUAUACGUUGUGUUAAAUUUGAAUUCACCUGGCCGGAGAUGGGUUGUCGGCUAUUUUGCCACCUAUGACAUCAUCCAUAAACCACACACCACUUACCCCUGUUUUCCCGUCCAUACUAUCUCCACUAGUGUCACAGAAUUAUUACACUGUAGGGCUUUCAAAUCUCUUUACCGGCAGCAAGAUCCACACGGUGAUUAUUCCACAAGAUCUGCCAGAGGCAAACGGGCAACUUACUAUUAUCACAUGGCACAGUGAAGCUGUUCUUUGCGGGACUGUAUUUAUUUUUUAAAUGCGAUGCAGCAAUGCGUGUAAUCGAUAUCCAGGACAGAGGGUGUAGGCAGCGGUGGGGGGGUUUGUGCCGCAUUGAAUUUGGGAGCUUUAUUUUUUUGUGUGUAAUUUACCUGCAAGUCUGCCAGAAUCUAUUUAUCAGUUUUGUGUAAUAUGGGAAAUAAAAGGCUUAUUAUUGCACAAUGGAAAUAUCAAAGAUAGCUCUUAGAUAGAAAAAGUAUUUUUUAAGCCAUCGACUUGUAUGGAAAGUACAGCGAGAUGGAGGGUGAUUAUUUAAACGAUCUCGUCAUCUCGAAUUGAGGACUGUUCUUUCCAGGUCUGUGUUCUUACAUCAUAGUAUAUCUUCUAGAUGCAAAUCUGCUGGGUUCUAAAACCUUUCCGAAAUAAAUAAAUAAACAAAAACAAAAUAGGAUUGGCCAAAUUACAGCUUUUGCUGUUGGGUUAUAACCCCUUUUAGCGACUGGGUUGGAUUUGUAAUCUAACGGAGCCGUAGGUUGGCCGAGGCAGUUUACCUGCGCUGUUAGAAACCCUGUUAACCCUUUGUGUGCCACGAAUGCACAUCUUUGCAUGCCCAUCACUCAAAAUGUCAGGUUCAGAACCAAUGCAAUAAUAUCUCCGUGGCUGUCCGAAUCUUCUGAGCAGCUUCGUCUUUAUUUUCCCGUAUGUCUGUUUGUAAAUAACCAUUAUUAACUUAUGUUAAUUUUUACCUUUUAAUUCAAGUACAGUGUAUUGAAGAUCUAAAAUAUGUACAGCUAGGGUGGGGGGGGAUACACAUGGCCAGAUUUCCAUGGCCAUGCCCCUCCCCCCUUAGCAAAAUCCCCAAAAAGGAAUCCAUGCCUCUGUGUGUUCCAUGAAGGAAGCCCGAUUCCGAUUCACCGAUACAAGAGGUGCUUUAUUACUAAGGAGGGUUCUCCUGGUUCUUGAUUUAACCAGAGAAGGAGUCUCACAUGUGCCUUACCGUUUUACUGUGUCACUCCAUUCCUGAACUGUAUCCCAAAUCACCUUGUACUGUUAUUAAAACAUCUUCCACCCCGAUGUAUCUUCCA